UAUACAAAAGCAACAAUGAAUUUUAACAAAAUAUUUGUCUUUCUGGCUUUAAUUUUGGCCACUAUUUUGGAUCAAAGUCAAGGUGGUUGGCUGAAAGAUUUUGGCAAGAGAAUUGAACGUGUGGGUCAACAUACUCGUGAUGCCACCAUACAAGCCAUUGGUGUUGCCCAACAGGCGGCAAAUGUUGCAGCAACUUUAAAUGGUUGA